GUUGGCGCUCAGUUGUCGUUCGAAUGAUCUUGCAGCAACACGCUAACGCUAACAAGCACCCGUGGCCCCGUACCGGUACCGAUUUGUCGAGGGUGUGAGUGUGUGUGUUUUUUGAGUUGGUUAUUUAAAAAAUUGUGUCACGCACCGGCCUCUUCGCAGGUUGGCUACCAUUGGCGAGGUUAACCAUCAUAACGAUCGGCCCCGUCGGACAACGGACGACACUUGUCCUAAAGUUUGCCGUUUGCCCCUCCCGGGCCAUUCCCACCCACAGAGCAGAGCAGCAACUCGUGAUAUCGACAGCACCACCGCUCAUUGCGUCUUUCGUUUUAGAUCAAAACACGAUCCAAGUGAAGUGAUAAUUGGCGCUUGCCGAGUUGCGGUACGUUUUCGUGUGUAACGCUGUGUAUGUGUGUGUAGGUGUGACUAUUUGUGUAUGUCUGUAUUAUGGGCGGCUAGCUCCGUGUUCGACUUUAGCUCCGAAUCAACAGCAGUGUCCGGCCGGUGCUCGUAGCAAGAAGAACCAGGUCACCAAUAUCAUCUCUGUCUGUUUUAAAGGUGCCUGAAACACUGUGACACAUAACCGUCACCUACACAUCAGGCUCGUUGAAAGUGAAGCGUUACGAUCAUUUACGGCGAGACAUCAAAUUAAUUGAUUUAAAACGUUGACCGUUUCGGGCGUAACCCCACGUGACCAUGGCACUGGGACGCAAGCUGAUUGCGUUCGCCCUUGUGGUCUCAUGUGCACUGGCGCAGCAAGGCAGCGACGACGGCUCGCCGCCCCUCGACAGCCUGAGUCCACCGACACCGUCCGUGCCGAUCGCGCCCGGCGAAAAGCAGUUCCGGGUGGUGUACGAAUGGAACGUGCUCGAUUUUGCCUUCACCAAUGAGGAUGAGCGUGCGCAAGCCCUGUACAGUGGACACUACAUCCCGAAAAAUGUGAUCAUCUCCGACUGUAAGCCGUUUGCGAACCGACUGUAUCUGACCAUUCCCCGAAUGCUGCCGGGCGUGCCGGCCACUCUCGGGUACGUGGUGCGACCAGAAAACAAUGGCCGCACCGAUCCAGAGAUCGUACCCUUCCCAUCGUGGGAGAUGAACGAGCGGGGCAACUGUUCGGCGUUACAGUUCGUUCAGGGUGUUGCCGUGGACAAGCACGGCAUCAUGUGGGUCGUCGAUUCGGGACGCACCGAAACGUUGACGCGUGGUAAAGAUCAUGUCGUUUGUCCUCCGAAGAUCAUCCUGCUGGAUCUCAAGCGGAAUGGUACCGUCAUGCUGCGCUACCAGUUCCCGGAGUCGGUCGUUCCGGCGGGCAACAACUACCUCAACAAGAUCGUUGUCGAUGACGCAUUCGGUGGGUUUGCGUACAUCACCGACAACAGUGGUGCUGAUCCGGGCAUUGUGGUGUUUUCGCGCCGCCUCACCCGAUCGUGGAAGGUGCGGGAAAACAACUCAAUGCGCGCCGCCCGCAACGCGGUCCGAUUUGCCGUCAACGGUACGGAGCUGAACUUUUCGAUCCACAUCGACAGUAUCGCGCUGGGCCCGUACUACAAUCCAAACCUAUCGCCCGACCAGCCGGUGCCGGAUACGCUUGUCAACAGUCAGAACUACGAGCGCAACGUGUACUACAGCCCACUGUCCAGCUAUCACAUCUACUCGCUGCCCGCGUCGCUACUGCGCGACCCAGAGUUCAAUGCUCGGGCGACCCCUCGCGACAUUCUCGAGGCGGUCGUCGACUACGGUCGCAAGCAGUCGCAAACGGAUGGCAUGUUUAUGGACAACCAGGGCGUGCUGUACUACGGUCUGCUCGGCGAGCAUGCCGUCGCUAAGUGGGACAGCUACAAGCCGUUCACGGAGAAGAACCAGCAGAUCAUUGCGAAGGAUGCGACCUACAUCCAGUGGGUGGACAGCAUGGGCAUCGACCAUGAGGGCUACCUGUACGUGGUGGUGAACCGCCUGCACAACUUUGUCGCCGGCCGUCUCAACCCGCUCGAGGUGAACUUCCGCAUACUGCGCGCGAAAACGGGCGCACUCAGCUACGUCUACACCCCGGACAACCUGUUCAACAGUGACGGUAAGUUCCUGUACUCGGGUGCUUCCGGUGAACCGUUCGCCGAAAAUGGGUUGGUUUAUCAGUACGAGGGAACUACACCAGCGUCGAGCAGACUGGCCGCGGCCGGCAUACUUGGUGCGAGCGGGGCGGCGACAAGCGCGGCCUCCUUCGCUGGAUUUAUCGGUGCCCUUGUCCUGGGCGCCGUGACUAGCAUGAUCGGUCGGCGUACCGUUGUUUGAGGAUGGUUUGAGGAAUAUCGUACCGUUGUUGACAUCAUCACCGUUGUCCGCCAAGGACGAAACCGAGACGGCUAGAUAUGGAAUAGAUAACCCCCUCCCCUCCCUUGCCCCCUCCCUCCCAUCCACAUCCGAUCCCCGCUACCAGUACUUCCGUAUCAGUAUUUGUAUAUAGUUCGAGCUUAAGUGUAAAUAAGCGAUCAAGCGUGUAUGGGGCGCUGUCGUUUCUUUGAUUUCAUGUUGACUUUUAACGAGAAUAUGCGUUCGGAAAUAAAGAUGGUUAUUUUUUACGACACCUGUA